ACGAGCCCAACACUUCCCGUUCCAUGUCCGAUUAGCUUGCUUGAUGACCACCUGCAGUGAAAAAUCCAGCGGCUAUUACCAAAGUAUUCAUGACACCAAAAAUAUGCAGCUAACCUGCACACUAGUCAAGCCAGAUUGGAUGUCGACUCCUUCGUCGUACGAUCACGAGACUCGCUUAUGAGAAGCUUCCGAUCUUCAUUCAACGACACCUCUAUACUCUGCUAGGUUAUUUUAACGAGUAGACAGGCCCCGACGAGGAAGAAGAGGAAACUUUAUCGAGUUCCCGCCCAGCACCUCGCUCAUUGUAUUAUUUACCCGCUGUAUCGGGUUAACAGAGGCCACCCCACAUCUCUAUCGCCUUUGUAAGACAAGCAAGCACAAUGUCUAUUAGUGGGAAGCAGCCGUUCUUUCCCCCACCAGCGUACUCCCCUCGUCGGACUUCUGCAGCUUUAGUCGCCACCAACCCAUACACCAACGCCACUUACCAUUCUCCCGAUGCCGAAUACGAACUCUACGCGCCAGUGGACGAAUACAGCCUUCCGCCGUCUUUCACACAACUGCCGAGACUAGACAAGCUUGCCCCUGUACACGACAUCAUUCUUCAACACUUCUCCGACAUUGAGCCACUCAAAGCGCUCACCUUGUGCUCCGAGGUCUAUGAUCUCGUCAUACCUCACCUGUACCACUAUGUUAAGACUAGCAAAGGUCUACUGAAAGGCCUUGACUUCCGAUCAAAGACGUGGAAGAGAAAGCAGAAAGCUUUAAGCUACGUGAAGGUUCUGGAGAUUGACAAUAUGGAAGAGAUGUGGCGAAUCGCAAUGCUGGGUUACAAAGAGUAUUCAGGCCUCCCUAGGUCAUAUACCGAUGUCUUCCCCAAUGUGCGUCAGAUCGUCAUAUCCCAAGAAGCUUUAAUUGGGAUCUAUGUGAUGAAGAAAGAAGGAGAGCCACAGAGGACCUGGAGCAUAGAGGAAUUGAGGACAGCGUUGAGGUUACAGUUUCCACCGAUCGUCACCGAGGUCAUAGGCCCACUACCUCGAGAAACAGGCGGUGAAUCUGCCGCAAAAACCAUAGUUUUCCCUGUGCAAAGGCCUGAGACCUGUCGAUUCACCUCACCACCGUCUACACCGAUGAGCACCCGCAUCCUAUCGUACUUCCGUUAUCGCCCUCAGCAAGGUCAACAGUCUCAACAACAGCAAUCGAAUCAACAGCCGACAUACAGCCAAGUGACCGACAGAAGAUUUCAACCUGACAUAUCAUCAUGUGAAUCUGCGCAUGUGUCGGUGUGCUCAUUUGGGUUGCCGUUCAUGCGGUCAACCUCGCGAAGGCGAAGCAGCCAUGCAGGGGGCUGAUGAAGGAAGACAGCAAAUAAAGCGUUGAAGUCGUUGGGCUUACGAUCUUUGACUACAUACAAUUGUAUACGCGGAUUUAUCUAUAACUGCUACCUGUAAGUAUAAUGAAGAGGGAGGGAGGACGGAAUAUGAAAUCAAUGAAAGAGACUAUGUUAAAAGAUGACGAGAGUCUUGUUGACGAGUUCCGGCCUGUGCACCGUUACAAGACACCAAGUGAUGAACAAUGGCCGCAUCACCAAUCCAAUCAUUGGUCGUAGAUAGAUCUCAUUACGAGUUUAUCGACCAACGUCCCAUCAAGCUCCAUCUCAUGAGCGAGGUUUGAUCAGGGAUGUAGAAAGGCGAGGUCGAUAGGUUGUGAUUCGAUGGGUAGUAUUAUUUUGGGCCAAUAUUGAGCCCAGUGGAUCGAUGAUAACGGUCUUGUGGUUGGCUUUGUUGUAUCGUAGUAAAUCGCCGGCUGCGUUCUUGUAUGUAUCUGA